GCGACAUCGAAAUUUCAUGAAUAAAGCUUGCUUCGUGUCAAAAUUGAAUUCGUUGUAACUAGGCUAAAAAAGUGUUCUGUUGAAACCUCGGUGAAGUAAUUUAAGUUUAAUUAUUUUAAGAGUAUUUAUCGUACUACAACUAUUGAUCCAAUACAAAAUGAAACGAGGUUAUGACUCCAUGAACUCGUCGAUCGAAAUUAGUUCCUACCGUGACCAACAUUUUAAGGGAUCCAGAAAUGAGCAGGAGAAGUUACUUCGAUCAUCUGCAACGCUUUACAUAGGAAAUUUGUCAUUUUAUACAACAGAAGAGCAAAUAUAUGAAUUAUUUUCGCGGUGUGGUGAUAUUAGGCGAAUAAUCAUGGGAUUGGACAAGUACAAGAAGACUCCUUGUGGAUUUUGUUUUGUUGAAUACUAUGCUAGAGAAGAUUCAGAAAACUGUAUGAGAUAUAUUAAUGGUACUAGACUAGAUGACAGAAUUAUUAGAUGUGAUUGGGAUGCAGGAUUCAUUGAGGGCCGCCAGUAUGGGCGUGGGAAAACAGGUGGACAGGUGCGGGAUGAAUAUAGAACAGACUAUGAUGGUGGGCGUGGAGGCUACGGUAAAAUUAUUGCACAGAAGAUCACCCCAAACACCAUAGAACGCCAAUGAUGGCAAAGCUGUUAUGCUGUGUUGUGUAAACUUAUGUUAUUUAAGUGUGAAAACAUCUUGAGAAAGACUGGAAUGGAAUGUAAUUUAAAUAGUCAUAAAACUCAUAAACUUUUUUUUAUAAGUAAAACAACAUUUUUUAUUAAGAAAUAUUUAUUAAAAUCUCAUAUAAGCAUUUAAACAACUACAUGCAUAAAUAUUUCAUAAGAAAAAGAUAAGACAACUUAAACCUAUGUUUUACAAAAUGAUGAACUAUAUGCAACCAUAUAGGAAUGAAUUACAAUUCGCAACUUUGAUAAUAUGCACUGUUAACAACAUUAACCCUUGGACCACCAUGAAACUACGCAACAAGAUCAUUACAUUCAUUCGGUAUCAAUGUAUGUCACUACUUUUAAUAUAGGUACAGUUUAAGGUGGCCCAAGGUUUAAUUUGGUAAAGUUUAAUACUGUACAGUAUAUUAGAAAGUCAAAAGGUGCAAAUAUUCAAUAUGAACAUGUGAAAUAACAAUAACAGAUGUAAUAUUACAUGUUUUUUUAACAUUAAAGACAUUUAAUAAAUCGCUGGAACACUA